AUGCGAUGCGCGAGCAAGGCCGCCGAGAGCGCGUCCGCACGUCUCUGUGCGGAUGCUGAAGCAGAAACCGCAGCAACUGAUGUCUUAUCGGUCGCUGAAGCGACCCAGCCUGUGUCACCUGGUGAUGCAGGCGCUGGUCAUGAAGACACUCAUGUCUUCACAGAGUAUGAGCUCGGUGUCUCAUACUCUCCCGAUACGGACGGAAGACGGAUCCGUAUCGACGGCGAUCGAAUCCGAUCCAAGCGUGGCAUGGAUGAUGCUAUGCGUCGUAGCAUCUUUGUUUCAUCUGAUGAAUCAGAUGAACCAUCGCCGAAGCGAAGGCGCUCGAGGUCGCGAGACUCGGGCGCUAACAGUGGUGUCGGUUCUCCUAUGGACACCACUUCGCAACGAGGUGCCAGUCCUUCUGUCGGCACAUCGCAGGAAGAGCGGGACCGCAAUGUCUUGCGUCUCCCUCCCGAGAAGAAUGCAUGGAUGCCUCCUAAAUCCGUCAUGGAUCACUUGUCGGCGACGAUGAGGGAUCGUCAUAGAACACGAUUGUUCGAUUCGUCAAGGAUCUAUCACCUUGACCCCAAUGCGAAAGACUGUCACAGUGAACAUGAGUUCUUUAUCGAUGCUUUCUUUAGACAUCGAUGGUACAGUGGGAAUUACAAGCGUGAUGGUCCCUCACUACUUCAAGCGUGGAACGCCUACAUCCAUAACCUUGGGGAUGUAGGUCGUGACGCUUGGAACGACAGACUUAUCAAAGCUCGUGAUAAGUUUGAAAAGGGAACCCCGAUAGCCCGUGGUGGCGCGUACGUGUCUCUAGUGAUCUCUACGAAGGGAUUGAAAACCCGUGAGAUGUACGAAGGGAUUGACAACCUGAAAUCCCUUUACGACCGUGCCGGGAAGACUUUCUCCGGCGGUCCUUCUGCGGCACAGGAUGUGCCGCGUCGUACUGCUCAACCAGACCCAGUAAGUCAACCAUCUGUUGGGAGCGGGGCUCCCAAGUAUCCCAGGACGGGGGAUAGCCGCGCCACCGGACGAGGUAACUCGUCCGACAUCCGUUCACAUCGCGGUGGUUCAACAGCUACUCAACUAGAUAGCGCUGGCCACCGCGAGAGUCCUCUAAUGGGGGUGGAGGAGGAGGAAAGACGCUCUCUACACGAUCAUGGGGAUUCGUGUGUUCCCGAGAGCCUCUUUGAUCGCGUAACGCAAGGGUUACGCGGCGAUCUCGAACAUGAGCGGGACAGGCGUCUCCAACUUGCGGACACUGUCUUGAAGCAUCGAGCUGAGUUUGCCUUUUCUCAGCUUGAGAACGAGAGAGCUCUGACGUCUCUGCGUGACGAGCUCAGGGUAGCUCGUGAGGAUGUUGAGCGGUCUCGGGCUGAGAUAACUGCUUUUCAUACCCUUGUCGAUGCCCACCAUCGGGAGCACAAGGCUCUCUACGAGAUGCUUGAGCGCAAGGGCGUUCUUCAUCGGAAGAAGCAGCUUACUGAUGGUACGGCUUAA